AUGGAUGAAAUGUUUGAUAUCUUCGAGGGCAAGCCUGGCCCGCAGAGUGAAGAUGACGACGAGCAGGUACCACAACCGAACCGAACCCGCGAGAGGAAAAGCAAGACGGGCAAAAAGAGAAAAGUCGACGAAGCUAUGAAUGGUGCGGCGACCGAGGAUGUGACCAAGGAUGAGGCCAAACCGACAGCUGCCGUGGAAGCCGAUGAAAGCGACGAGAGCCCAAAGGGCGAUGAGUCUGACAGGCAUGGCUCAGAAACACCCAGCCAGCAGGAAAAGAAGCGUCGGAAAAGAGAGGGGGAUGUGGCACCAGUUCUAACCGAUACCUUCGAGACGGCUCAGUCACGAGAGGUAGCGGGAGCGACGACCUUGUUGCCCCAAGAGUCCUCGCUCGUCCUGUCCCACAACAUCCAGCAUCAGGUCGCACUUCCCCCUGACCUGGACUACGAUUACGUUCCCUUGUCAGAGCACAAAGCGCCCGAGGAGCCCGCAAGGACCUGGAACUUCAAGCUCGAUCCUUUCCAGAGUUUGUCCGUUGCGUCGAUUGAGCGUGACGAGAGCGUUCUGGUAUCGGCCCACACGAGUGCCGGAAAGACGGUCGUCGCCGAGUAUGCGAUCGCGCAGUGCCUCAAGCGCAACCAGAGGGUCAUCUACACGAGCCCAAUCAAGGCAUUGAGCAACCAGAAAUUCCGAGAUUUUGAUGCCAUUUUCGGCGACGUUGGCCUCAUGACGGGAGAUGUGACCAUCAACCCGACUGCCAGCUGUCUGGUCAUGACGACGGAGAUUCUGCGCUCCAUGCUGUACCGCGGCUCCGAGAUCAUGCGAGAAGUUGCCUGGGUCGUCUUCGACGAGAUUCACUACAUGCGAGACAAGACGCGAGGUGUCGUGUGGGAGGAAACCAUCAUCAUGCUUCCCGACAAGGUCCGAUACGUCUUCCUCUCAGCCACCAUCCCCAACGCCUUUCAGUUUGCCGAAUGGAUCGCCAAGAUUCACCACCAAGCCUGCCACGUCGUCUACACCGACUUCCGACCGACGCCGCUGCAGAAUUACUUUUACCCCUGCGGCGGAAAAGGAGCGUCCAUGGUGGUGGACGAGAAGGGCAACUUCAACGAGCACAACUUUAACCAGAUCAUGAAGGAGGUCGAGGACAGGAAGGGCGCCGAGUCGAACGACGCCAACGCGAAGAUGAAGGGCAAGGGCAAGAACAAGAAGACCAACAAAGGCGGCGCCGACGAGGGCUCCGACAUCUACAAGAUCAUCAAGAUGACGGUCAAGCGCAAGUUCAACCCCGUCAUCGUCUUCAACUUCAGCAAGCGGGAGGUGGAGAACCUCGCGCUCAAGGUCUCGGGCCUCGACUUCAACGACGACUCGGAGCGCGCCAUGGUCAAGAAGGUCUUUGAAAGCGCCAUCGAGAGCUUGUCGGAGCAGGAUCGCGAGCUGCCUCAGAUUGCUCACAUCUUGCCUCUGCUGAUGAAGGGCGUCGGCGUUCACCACUCGGGACUGCUGCCGAUCCUCAAGGAGACGAUCGAGAUCCUCUUCCAGGAAUCGCUCAUCAAGGUCCUGUUCGCGACGGAAACCUUCUCCAUCGGCCUCAACAUGCCGGCGAAGACGGUCGUCUUCACGCAGGUCACGAAAUGGGACGGCGUGAAGCGACGGCCCAUCACGUGUUCGGAGUACAUCCAGAUGGCCGGUCGAGCCGGCCGACGUGGCCUGGACGCAAGAGGUCUCGUGCUGAUGAUGGUGGACGACAAGCUGGAGCCGGACGUCGCCAAGGAGAUUGUCACGGGCCAGCAGGACAACCUGAAUUCGGCAUUCUACCUCGGCUACAACAUGAUUCUCAACCUCCUCCGCAUCGAGGCCAUCUCGCCAGAGUACAUGCUGGAGAGAUGCUUCCACCAGUUCCAAACGGCAGCCAGCGUGCCGAGCCUGGAAAACGAACUCGUGGCCUUGCAGCGGGAGCGCGACGGGCUGUCGAUCCCGGACGAGGCCACCGUCAAGGACUACUAUCAGAUCCGACAGCAGCUCAACACGUACACGAAGGACAUGCGAGCCGUCAUCCAGCAUCCGCAGUACAGCCUGGGCUACCUCCAGCCGGGGCGGCUGGUGCAGAUCUACAACCCCAAGGAGUCGGCCGACAGCGUGUCGGGCGGCCUGGACUUUGGCUGGGGCGUCAUCGUCAGUCAGGAGAAGCGAAGAAGCCCCAAGCUCGGCGAGCCGGAGGCCAUUGCGCAGGAGUCGCACGUCAUCAACGUCCUGCUUCCCCUGUCGGCGUCGAGCGUCACGGUUUCGUCGGCGCACCCGGCCGAGGAAAUACAGCAAGGGAUCGUGCCGGCGGGCGCCGACGAGGACGUCAUUCACGAGACGGUCCCCUGCCUGCUCACCUGCAUCAAGGCCAUCAGCCAGAUCCGGAUAUUCAUGCCCAAGGAGGGCCUGAAGCGUAGGGAGGACAGGGACACGGCGCAAAAGUCGCUCGCCGAGGUCAAGCGCCGAUUCCCCGACGGGCUUCCCAUCCUGGAUCCGAUCGAAAACAUGGAGAUCACGGACGAAUCGUUCAAGAAGCUGAUGCGCAAGAUAGAGGUGCUCGAGUCCCGACUGCUGGCCAACCCGCUUCACCUGUCACCCCUCCUGCCGUCACUGUGGGAGCAAUACCACGCCAAGGUGCGGGUCGGGGAGCAGAUCAAGGCCAAGAAGAAGACGAUCGCCAAGGCGCACAGCAUCGCGCAGAUGGACGAGCUCAAGUCCCGGAAGCGAGUGCUGCGCCGUCUCGGGUUCAUCAACGACGCCGAGGUGGUGCAGCUCAAGGCGCGCGUCGCGUGCGAGAUCUCGUCGACCGAAGGGCACGAGCUGCUGCUGUCGGAGCUCCUCUUCGACCGCUUCUUCAACGAGAUGACGCCGGAAAGCAUCGCCGCCAUCCUGAGCUGCUUCAUCUUUGACGAAAAGGUCGAGACGCAGGCGCUCAAGGAAGACCUGCAGAAGCCGUACCGCGAGAUCCUGGCCAAGGCGCGCAUCGUCGCCAAGAUCAGCCAGGAGUGCAAGCUGGACGUGAACGAGGACGAGUACGUGGCGAGCCUGAAGUGGCAGCUGAUGGAGACGGUCUACACCUGGGCUCAGGGACGGUCGUUUGCCGAAAUCUGCAAAAUGACGAACACGUACGAGGGGUCCCUCAUCCGGCUCUUCCGCCGGCUCGAGGAGCUUCUGCGGCAAAUGGCCCAGGCAGCCAAGGUCAUGGGCAACGAGGACCUGACCAAGAAGUUUGAGGAGAGUCUGAGCAAGAUACGGAGGGACAUUGUGGCGGCGCAGAGCCUGUACCUGUAG